AUGUCAUCGAUAAGUUCUAGGUUUUGUUGUGCUUCUUGUGACUGCUCAUUUUCUGUUAAAAGUAAUUUAUAUAGACACAUAAGAAAUUUUCAUUCUGAACAUAAGUUGGAAACUUAUAAUGAAAGAGAUUGUACUCUGUGUAAUGAAAGGUUUACUUCUAUGAAAGAGUUGCAUGACCACAUAGAUUCUGUCCAUACAGAUAUAAGGUUAAAUUUUCAGGAACUUAUUUUUCAUUCUAAAUCUGAAUUCGAAAAUUGGAAAGAAGAUGUUGAAAAAAGUAGUCAGUCCUUUUUUGCCAAACGAACGACUAAACGUUUGGCAGAUGGGACAAUUCGUAGUUAUUUCUUAUGUAAUAGAAGUGGUUCAUGUAAAAUAAAAACUGACAGAAUACGUCACAUGAAAUGUGGAGGUUCAAUUAAAAUAGGGAAAACAUGUCCUGCUGAAAUAAAAGUGUCAGAGAAAGAGAUCGGGGAUAUUUUUGAAAUUAAAGUUAGUUACCAAUCAGUGCAUGUUGGUCAUAGGCAUGAAGUUGGGAAAUUGCCGCUCUCAAAAACUGAAAAAUCUAAAUUAGCAGGUAUGAUGCAGCAAGGUAUUCCAAAAGAAAAGAUUUUAAUGUCCAUUCAAAGUAGUUAUUCACCAACAAAAAGAAUUGGUGUUACUCACUUAAAAGAUUUACAAAAUAUUUCUAGAGGUAUUCAGGUAAAUAAUGAAAUUGUUUUUGACACUAAUGAUGCAGUAUCGGUGGACUUAAAAGUCCAGAAAAUGAAAGCUGAAUCUGGUUGUCCAAUUUUGUUGUACAAGAAAGUUGGUGACGAACUGCCAGGUUUUCAAGGUGUAUCAAGGGAUGAUUUCCUUUUAGGGGUUAUGAAUGGUGCCCAACUUAGGUUGCUGGAAUUAAACAGCAGCUGUAUUAUGAUAGACUCUACUCAUGGUAUGAAUCAGUAUGGAUUUCAAUUAACUUCUGUACUUGUCAAUGAUGAUAAUCAUGAAGGUUUUCCUGUUGCUAUUUUCUGGCAUGUUCGCAGAGCAUGGAAUAAAAACUUAUCUAAAAUAAAAAACAGUGACUUAAGGUUAAAAAUUGCAAAUGAGUUAGUGCAAAUAAUGCACGAAAUUGACAUAGUGUCUUUCAAAAGAAUUUCGGAUAUCUUUGUCACCAGCUGUUUGUCUAAUGAAGAAACAAAAGCUUUUGGAGAAUAUUUCUACAAAAAUUAUAUGUCUCAGCCUGAGAAAUGGGCCUAUUGCUAUCGAAUUGGAUUAGGGGUUAAUACAAAUAUGAAAGUUGAAAGGUGGCACAAGCAGCUUAAGUAUGAACAUGGUAACGCAAAGGUGAUAAAGAGACUAGAUUAUUCUUUAUCUUUGGUGUUAAAUGCUAUUGCAAGGAAACUGAUGAAUCGUGCAAUAUCUUUAGAACGUCAUAAAUUGACAACUAGGGUCACAGAAAUUCGUAAGCGACACAGACAGAGUAUGAGUAUGCCUGAAUAUCAGGUAAUUGAAAUCGAGCCUAAGAAACAGUGGUCAGUUUCGAAGGCUGUUAUUUCAAGAGAAAUUACAUUUUAUGAUGUUCGGAUUCAUGAUCCUUGUGCAUGUAGCAUAAGGUGUGAUGACUGUAAUAUUUGUAUUCAUGCAUUCUCCUGUACUUGUAUUGAUUAUAGUAUCCGUUUCAGUAUUUGUAAGCAUAUUCAUCACGUAUGUCAAAACCAGGUAACUGAAGUUCAGAGAUCUGGUGUGACAGAAAAUGAUGAGUUUCAUUCAGAUAAUUUGGUAAUUGAUGUGACUGAGAGGGAUUCCAGGCAUGCCGAAAGAACGUUCGGCGAUAGUUAA